AUGGAAAUGACCAACAGGUCCCAGCAUUACCCCUCCAUCCUCCACGUGGAGUUCGGCUCGCUAAGUGACUACAUGGAGGAGAACGAAACUAACUCCACCACCGGAGAGCGAGACUCGUUGGACUGCCUGCAGAUCCGCAUUCCUCAGGAGCUCUUCCUGGCGCUGGGGCUCAUCAGCCUGGUGGAGAACAUCCUGGUGGUCCUGGCCAUCAUCAAGAACCGCAACCUGCACUCGCCAAUGUACUACUUCAUCUGCUGCCUCGCAGUGUCCGACAUGCUGGUAAGUGUCAGCAACGUGGUGGAGACCAUAUUCAUGCUUCUCAACGACCACGGCCUGAUGGACGUGCACCCUGGCAUGCUGCGCCACCUGGACAACAUCAUCGACAUGAUGAUCUGCAGCUCUGUGGUGUCCUCGCUCUCCUUUCUGUGCACCAUCGCUGCGGAUCGCUACAUCACCAUCUUCUACGCGCUGCGAUACCACAGCAUCAUGACCACGCAGCGAGCCGUCACCAUCAUCGUGGUGGUGUGGCUGGCCAGCAUCACCUCCAGCAUCCUCUUCAUCGUGUACCACACCGACAACGCUGUCAUUGUGUGCCUCGUGACCUUCUUCUGCACCACCCUGGUGUUUAACGCCGUGCUGUAUCUGCAUAUGUUCAUCCUGGCGCACGUGCAUUCCCGGCGCAUUGUGGCUUUCCAUAAAAGCAGGCGCCAAUCCACGAGCAUGAAGGGUGCGAUGACCCUCACAAUCCUGCUCGGGGUCUUUAUUAUAUGCUGGGGCCCCUUCUUCCUCCACCUCAUCCUCAUCCUCACCUGCCCCACCAGCCCAUUCUGCAACUGUUUCUUCCGAAACUUUAACCUUUUCCUCAUCCUCAUCAUCUGCAACUCGCUCAUUGACCCCCUCAUCUACGCCUAUCGCAGCCAGGAGCUGCGUAAAACCUUGCAGGAGCUGGUCCUGUGUUCCUGGUGCCUCGGUGCGUAG